AUCUCGUUGAUGCCGUGGUGGCUGCCGCUUGCCGGAAUCACUCCCCUCUUUCACUGGAGGCUAGCGCCGGCCGUUGCAAUUCCAAGGAAGUAGCGUCCGGCCAUUUCAAUCGCUUCCUCUUUUCCGUGAUAACACUGGGGUGUGUGUGUGUGUGUGUGUAUUAUGGAGAUAUCGUUGUUAAACGUGAUUGUUAAUGGCAUAUCCUCGUUUUCACACUCAAAAUCUUCUGGAAACUUGAACUCAAAACCUAUCUUGAAGUAUCAUCAGGAGGCAGAGAAGAUCCUUAAACUGUUAAAGCCAAUACUUGAAGCCAUUAUUGAUACUGAUUUUGGCUCUGAUGAAGUUCUUCAGAAGAUAUUUGAAGAACUGAGUCAGACUCUGGAGGAACUGAGGGAGCUUUUUGGGAGUUGGCAACUAUUAUGUAGCAAAAUUUACAAUGUUUUGCAAAUUGAAUUCUUGAUAUCUAAGAUUCAGAUUUUGGCACUCGCCAUUUUCAAGCAGAUGAAGGCUUCCCAUCAAUGUCUUGCUAAUGAAUUCAAUUCUGCACAAGUAGAGCACUGUAUUGAGAAAAUAAAGAAUUUGGGGCAUGGAGAAACAUCUUCUAUCAUCAAAGAAGCUAUCAUGGAACAAGUGGAAGGCUUAGGACCUAGUUCAGAGGUCCUUGAAAAAAUUAUUGAGAAUCUAGGCUUAAGUUCUAACCAAGAGGUUCUGAUUGAGGCUGUGACACUUGAAAAGUUCAAGGAGAAUGCAGAACAGAUUGAAAAUUUUGCAGAAGCUGAAUAUCUAAACCAGAUUAUUACUCUUGCAACUCGAAUGCAUGAGAGUCUUAUAAUGCUGAAACAAGCCCAGAGUUAUAGCCCAGUUCCAGUACCUCUAGAUUUUUGCUGUCCUCUCUCUUUGGAAUUGAUGAAAGAUCCUGUGAUUGUGUCAUCAGGGCAAACUUAUGAGCGAGCUUUUAUUAAGAAUUGGAUCGAUCUCGGGCUUGAUGUUUGUCCAAAGACACGUCAGACUCUGACUCAUACCAACCUAAUACCAAACUAUACCGUAAAAGCACUGAUUACAAAUUGGUGUGAGUUGAACAAUGUCAAGCUACGUGAUCCUAUAAUGUCCUUAAACUUGAAUCAUUGUAGUUCAACUUCAGAAGGUUCUUCAAGUGACAUCACUAGCAGGAAAAGUUUUGAUAUUUUAAGAAUAUCACAAUCACGUUCUGAUGACAUCAUGUCUACUAGUUUAGAUGAAAUGAGUGUGGAUUUAGUUAGCCAAGAUUCACCAUAUACAAUGGAAUCUUCCAAUGCCUUCAACUCAGAACAAUCUCAAGCUGAUCUUGCACUUUCAAAUGAAAACUUCCCUCAAGGAAAUAAAGCUGAUAGUAGUUCUUCUAUGGAGGUGAAUCCAAAGUUAGAAACCACCAGUGCUACUGUCUUGAAUGCUCAGAGAGAACCUGAGUUCUCAGCUCCAUCAUUAGAGGCAAGGCCUCAAGUCUUAAGUAUAUGGCAGCAUCCACCAGGGAAUUUAAGGUUAGCUUCUUCAUUACCUGCAAUUGAAAUUAGACCAAGUCCUUCUGGUAUUGAAACCCAAGUUCAGAAUUUGGCCAAAGACUUGAAGAGCUCUUCAAUUGAUACUCAGAGAGAAGCAACAGAAGAACUCCGCCUUCUUGCGAAGCAUAAUGUGGAGAAUCGAAUUGUGAUUGCAAAUUGUGGAGUUAUUAGCCCAUUAGUGGACUUACUCCAGUCUUCUGAUACAAAGGUCCAAGAAAAUGCCGUGACGGCACUUCUAAACCUAUCAAUCAAUGAUAAUAACAAAACUGCAAUUGCAAAUGCUGGUGCAAUCGAUUUUCUAAUUCAUGUUCUUGGAACAGGAUGUCCUGAAGCCAAGGAGAAUUCAGCAGCAACACUUUAUAGCCUAUCAAUGAUGGAAGAAAACAGGAUCAGGAUUGGUAGAUCAGGGGCAAUUAAGCCACUGGUUGAUUUAUUAGCAAAUGGAACUUCAAGAGGAAAGAAAGAUGCUUCCACUGCUUUGUUUAACCUCUCAAUAUUUCACGAAAACAAAGGUCGUAUCGUGCAAGCUGGCGCUGUGAAGUACCUCGUGGAGCUAAUGGAUCCGGCAGCUGGAAUGGCAGACAAGGCAGUGGCUGUUUUAGCAAAUCUUGCAUCUAUUCCAGAAGGAAGAACUGAAAUUGUUCAUGAAGGUGCUAUUCCUAUUCUAGUUGAUGUUAUUGAAUUAGGUUCUACAAGAGGGAAGGAAAAUGCAGCAGCUACUUUGCUGCAUAUUUGCUCAAAUAGUAGCAGGUUUUUAAGCAUUAUGAUCCAUGAAGGAGCUAUCCCACCAUUAGUAGCAUUGUCACUAUCUGGUACUCCAAGGGCUAAAGAAAAAGCUCAAGCUCUGCUUAACCACUGUAGAAGUCAAAGACAUGGCAGUGCUAGAAGAGGUUGAUUUGAUUUCACCAGCUUCAUAAUCAUUCUGAGUUUUUUGGGUGAAUUCUAACUGGACAUCUCAAAUUAAUGUAUUCUGAGUUGUUUGUGGAAAUAAAUUAGUAUCCAUAUAUGUAUAUAUCAGCUUUACAGAACAUGGAAAUAGUUUUCUUGCAUGUGUUUCGAUAAAUAAUAUCAUUCAUGCAUAUAGAAGAGUAUCAGAAAAGCUCUUCUCAACAAAAACGUUCAAUCCUUUGG